GUGGAGUAGCUGACUUUCUCAGUGAAAGGUUCGCGCGUCUCGGGGUGCUGGGUGUCACGGCCUGAACUUAUGGCUGUGGCGGCGCACCAAGCGGACGGCAUUGUAUCGACUCCACUACUCAGCGACCACCCGCGUUAUACUCAGGUUGCCGAGCUGGGCGGCGGGGCCCAUGGCAAGGUGUUGCUGGCGCUGGACCGGCUGACGGGGCAACACGUUGCGCUCAAAUUCGUUUGCCGAGGGCCCGAUCAUAUAGACAAGUAUGUGGAGCGUGAGAUUGUCAACCAACUGAAGUUGCGGCAUCCGCACAUCAUAGCCCUGCAAGAGGUGUUCCUCACCGACACCCACCUGGUGCUGGCAAUGGAGUAUGCGGCCGGAGGCAACCUUUUCCAUUACGUGAAGUCAAGGAAGGGCCUCAGCGAACACGAUGCUCGCUGGUUCUUCCAGCAGCUUAUCAUUGCGCUGGCCUACUGCCACAGCAUGGGGGUGAGCAACCGGGACAUCAAGCUGGAAAACACGCUGCUGACUGGCGGGGCUUGUCCCACAAUUAAGCUGGCGGACUUUGGUUUCAGCAAGGAUCACGACAUGCACAGCGCGCCCACCAGCAGGGUGGGCACACCUGCCUACCUGGCGCCGGAAGUGAUCAACAGCCGGCCGGGGCAGGCCUACGAUUCGCAGAAGGCAGAUGUCUGGUCCUGUGGCGUGCUGCUGUACACCAUGUGCUGCAACACCUACCCAUUCCACCGGCCGCAAGAUGCUCUGCUGCCGCUCCAUGAAGCUUUGCAAGCGCAGUUUAGGCGGAUCCUGCUCGCAGACUAUCAGUUCCCACCCCAUAAACAGCUGAGCGAAGAGCUACGUGACCUCAUCAGCCGCAUCCUUGUCCUAGACACAAACAAGCGGCUCUCCCUGCAAGACAUUGUGGGGCACCCCUGGUUUGCGAAAAACCUCCACCCGGAUGCGCUGCGCUUCAAUGAAUCCAUGGUGAAGGAAAGCCUGGCCAACCUUCCCGCGCCGCAGAUGCUGGAGGAGGUGUGUGUGUGCGUUAAGUGUGUGUGGGGGGUGGGGGGGUGGGGGGUAGGGGUGCAGCUGCUGCCCGCAUGCUUGCUUGUGCUUGUGUGGGCUUAA